AUGUUCCGCGUCCGCCCUCCAGCUAUUGACAGAUACCUCUUCGCGGUGCUGGAGACUAUUACUCAGUUUAGGCUGAGGAAGCCAAGUUUUAACCUGUUCAAUUCAACCCUGUUCAACUCAACCCUGUUCAACUCAACCCUGUUCAACUCAACCCCGUUCAACUCAACCCUGUUCAACUCAACCCCGUUCAACUCAACCCCGUUCAACUCAACCCCGUUCAACUCAACCCCGUUCAACUCAACCCUGUUCAACUCAACCCUGUUCAACUCAACCCUGUUCAACUCAACCCCGUUCAACUCAACCCUGUUCAACUCAACCCCGUUCAACUCAACCCCGUUCAACUCAACCCCGUUCAACUCAACCCCGUUCAACUCAACCCUGUUCAACUCAACCCUGUUCAACUCAAUCCUGUUCAUUAUAUAUCAUAUUCAUCCGCCGCAGAAUCCUUUUGACUAA